UGGUAACGUGUUGGAAAUUCCCUAAAUUUCCCGUGUGUUCAGCAGAGUGGUUUUGUUUACAUAUCUAUACGCAUCGUUAGUGUUUUAUAUCAGUAGUUUUGCCAAGAAAGAAAAGAGAACAAGUUUAUAGUCCCUACUGCAGUUUUGCCAUUCAGACCUGGGUGUCGUGGCAAGAUGAGGAAGAUCAGGCUGUCGGAUACCGACAUUGAAUUCUUUGAUUUGGAGGUUUCCCCGGCUGAGUUCUUGUUCUUUCAGAAGCACAAAGACGCCUUCAGAUGCAUGUGGAAGGAACAGGGGAAGCCAUUUUGGACAAAGUUUACAAUAACUUUCCGCAGUUUUACAGUCAAACAUGGAGUCAUCAAACAUAUGUCAUGUGACACGCCAAAGUUUGAAAACCUUUUGGACCAAGCUUUUAUUUACAUACAUGAACAGUUUGUAGAUGGAAAAGAAGCAAUGGCGCGGGGAUUUAUAGAUGAGUGUGCCAGACUGGCUCAAAAUCAUGAUAAAUUUCCUCACCUUGACUCCAAAUCAUUCACCAAAGACCCUUUCUAUUCAAGAGAUACAAGAGACCUGUUCAGACGUUUUUUUGGUUCCCCUGACCAGAAGAGUUCAUAUGUCAAGGUGUAUGUUCUGAGCCCCAUUUACCUACGAUUUGGAGGGUCUGUCUGCCGCUGUUUAAAAAAAUGGAUGGACGCACCAUCACAGGAUUGCAAAGACGACUCGUACUGGAUUCCGCCAUCACCCCAACAUCAAAUAGAGGAAGAAAGUACAACAAAAGCACCAGUGCUCAUGUGUACAAACUGUCUUGACGACUGUGGCACACGCUACUUUAAAGAGCGUAUAUGUGGCCAGCAAAAUGGACCUAAAUUUCUAGAUUACUGGAAGCUAGGCGACCCUCGAUUUAAUGACCCUGAUAACCCAUUGUACAAUAAAAAGGCCGAUCGCGACAGUGAUUGGCGAGACCGACUCUCCCCUGAAGACUUUAGAGAUUUUACUCAUUUUGCAAAAUUUAAAUAUGGUACUGAGGAGGAAAAAUGCAAAGACUGUUUGUCUCUGGUAGAUAAAGAUGACGGGUAUGUUACCAAUGUCAACCAAAAAAAGGAUAAUGACAAAAAAAAGAAAAAGAAAAAGAAGAAAAAAGAUAAGGAAGAGAUAGCAAAGGAAAAACGUAAAGAUGAGGUAGAAGAAGAGGUCCAGAGGAUAAUUGAUCACAUAACAGGGAAAAAAACCCAGCAGGACAUGCCACCAGUUCUCAGGGUGCGUACUGACACUGCUAUCAUCCAAGCAGACCCUUCCGACAGCCAAGCAGAUACUAACUCCGGAAGCCCUGAUAAGAAAAACUCUCCAGGGCCUGCCUUCCACAACAUUGCCAAGAACAAGAAAAUACUGUUCGGUAGCAAUGCCAAGCGUUCCGAUGACAUCAAAUUCGGGAUCCUAGGCAAUGAUGACUUUUCUAAAGGAAAUGUGGUGGGUGGUUUUAGAGUGUUUAAACUGGAGGACGAGAGGAGCGGUGCUAAGGAAAUCACUAUAUCGGUCAACGCUGUCAAUGGGUUUCCUGAUGGAGAUACGAAAGAUGCUGCGAAGAUGGAGGCAUCUGAUGGUAGUGGUAACACCAAUAGGUUAUCUGUUGAGCUGAUCAAGAGCAAGAUUGAAAACCUACCAGACAAAAUGGAAUGGUGGGAAGGUGUCGGCUGGUGUGCCUGUGUCAUCAACUACGAGGUGGAAGAGAAGGAUGUCUGCCCAAACAAUUACACUAACUUUACCAUCAAGAUUACAGGCAGGAAGGAGAUGGCCAUCAAACGAGUCAUGUUCAAAUUGCUGAUCUAUGUGAGUAACAGAAAGAAGCGUCUGAGUCCUGGCUGGACCAUGGAUGACGAUGAUGUUGUGGCCAGCGUGCUUCCUGAGGAGAUCCCAGAGGAGGAGUGCAUUGUCAUUACACUGCAGCAGGGCUUCAGGUUUGAGGAGAGGCUGUCGGAUGAGGAACGCAAAACAAUGAGUAGGGGCCGGUCAAGUGUUUUCCGGAACGACAACAAUGGGGAAGGGCCGAUGUGUUUCUACGUGCAACCAAAAGGAAUGAAAGAUAAAGAGCAGGUGCUGAUGGCCCUGGAUGGUGGAGUGGCUAACGCUGUUGCUAAGGGAGAUCAAGGACCAAUGAAUUUUAAAAAGUUGCUGACAAGAAUCAGUGGGCAUUGUAUUGAUGACAAAGUUGGAUAUGGUACCCCAAAUUAUCCUCAGAAAACAAAGUCCAAGGACCCAUCUUUUUGUGAUUUACCUGACCCGUAUGACUUUGAGAUCAAUAAAACUCCAAUGUGGGACCAGAUACUACUGAGCCCCAGGACCUUCGAGCUUUUGUUCAUGGUGAACAAGGACAGAGAGCAAGAGUUGAAGGGCCUUGGACUGCGUAGAGUUGAUCCUGAAAAUGUCCCUGGCAAGGGUAGAGAAAAACAGCCCCCACUACAGACCUACUGCAAGACUUGUAGGAAGGAAGUGUUUGAUUGUCCAUGCAUAGACAAGACCAGGUUCAGUAAACCCAUUCCUUGUAACUGUUCCUUUUGUAAUAAAAAAUCCAAUGAAAGCAAAGACAAGUCCUCACCCAAGGCCACACCCACCAUGGACACACCAACCAAGGAAACACCAACUGUGACAAAGACCACACCCACUAAGGACACACCCAAGGUGACAAAGACCACACCCACUCCUGCCAAGGACACACCCACCCAAAGAAAAACCAAACCCACACCUACCAAGGCAACAUCUACUUCAGCCAAGAAGUCCCAUACAUCUGAGGUAGUUGGUGAAUUUACAAUUACUGAUGUGAAACACGACAAGUACGCACGUCCAGAUCCUGUCACCACAGAGGAGCUAGAGCAUGGCUUUGACCUUGUGGAGCAACAACUAAAAGAGUCCAGACAGGAAAAAGCAAAGGAUGCAAAGAGAAAGGAAGAGGUAAAGAAGAAAGAAGCAGAGGGCAACAAAAAAGAAACAAAGAAGACAUCACUUGGUAAGAGGGCUUCUGAUUCUGCGGUCCCUCCUAAAUCGGCCACGCCGAAGGCACAUCAGUUCUCAAGUGUCCCAACAAGGUUGGAGGUGCCACUGCACCAGAUUUUAAAGGGUAACAUGGAGGGGGUGUUCAAGUUCACCGCUGUACAUAACCAGAGCACUGGACCUGCCACCGCUAAUCCUCUUAACUUCAUUGUAGAAAAUGUCACACCUCCGUAUCCAGGUGAUGCAGAUCCUGGAAAUGGGAAGAAAAAGGAAGACACUCCAAAGAUGACAGAGGAAGAGAAGAUUGCAAAGAGAAAACAGAUAGAGGAUAACAUUGCAGAAGUGAGAAGAAAAGAAAAAGCAGAGGAGUUGAAGAAACAGCAGAAGCUUGCAGAAAUAAGGAAACAGGAGAGAAAGGUUGCAGAGUCUAAAAAGUUUCCCAAAAUAGAGGGUAUGGAGGAGCCUAAUGAUCUUUUGACUAACUUCAAGUUUAAACCAAAGGAGGAGUUUGCAGAAGAUCAUGUCAAAGUGACAAACUCCGAGGUCAAGGACACUGACACUGCUGAUAAUCCAGUCGACAGGUUAAUUAAAGCCACAAUGAAAGAAUGUGAGGAGAAAUGUGCAGAAAAAUUGAGGGAAAUGGAUGAAAUAGGUAAGCAGUUAUUCCGCGACCGUCUAGAAAGUCAGGUUGGUGCGGAAGAUGCCAAGGCUAUGCUCAACCUGAGGCGAUGUACCAACUGCCAGAAGAUGGAACCAAGUCCCAAAAUCUACAAAAAAUGUCUCAAGUGUAAGGAAAAGAAAGUGAAGAAUGCCAGGUACUACUGUGGCAGAGACUGCCAGGCCAAUGACUGGACCCGAAGACACAAGAGGGAGCACAAAGAUAAUCUUCUAAAUUGAGGAAGGAUAUUUUCCUGUCGUAGAUGAACAGAAUUCCUCAAUACGACUAAACUCAGAGACACAAUUUAAGAAGGAAACUGUCUGGUUUGAAAAGGGUUACCCCUACUUCCUGUCAGAUAUAAGGAGAAUUUUCAGCAUGCGUUUCAUCCAGACAGAGUGAUCAUUACAGCACUAGUACAGACAAAUUCCACUUUGUUGACUAGCAUUGUUUCAUGUUUGUUAAUUGUCCCUAUUAACCCUUUUACCCCUAUGUAACUUGAGUAGACAUUAUCAUGCAUUGAUAUAGAUGAGUCCAUUAUGGUCCCCAGUUAUGAAAGGGUGAAGACUGUUUAUAACAGCUCUCGAUCUUCUCAUAAGAUUAUGUUGAUGAUUAGAUAUGUAAUGUUCAUGAAUUAUUGAUUGUUUUAAUAAUGACUAUUUGAGAACAUAUGUUUAGUAUAUAUGUUGUUGAUUGAUGCGUGUGAAAUCUCCAUGAUUUAAUCUGUUUUGCAUAGCGUAGCUGACACAGAAACUUUAAGACACAAUGCCAAUUUCAGAAUGAUUAUUUGAGACAGGUUGAACACUUUUUUGAUUAAUUUGUAAUUAUCAUGAUAUUCACUUUUAUGCUUGUGCUUUAAAUCGGUCCAAUAUUUGCCUUUUGCUGUGAAAUCUGUAUUUACCCAGUGUUAAUUUUGCUUAACAUAUACUUACGAAAUAUAUAAUAUGCCAUGUACUAAUAUUAGCUCUAGUGAUAAAUUCACUAUCUGAUGGAGGGCAAAUAUAGCAGAAGUUGAUAAACUGUAUAUGCCAUGUACUAAUAUAAGCUCUAGUGAUAAAUUCACUAUCUGAUGGAGGGCAAAUAUAGCAGAAGUUGAUAAACUGUAUAUGCCAUUUACUAAUAUUAGCUCUAGUGAUCAAUUCACUAUCUGAUGGAGGGCAAAUAUAGCAGAAGUU